AUGGGAAACAAAGAAAGUAAAGUUAGACUUAGAAUAGAAGAAAAAGAUACUGAUAGCGAGGAUGAGGAUGAAAAGAACGUACGAGAAGAUAUUGAUACAGAGAGAGAUGAAACACCGUCCCCGGUAACGCCUUAUACGACAAAGACACAGGGACUGUCGCCGUCAAUGGUGGAGAAGGUCCGGCGCUGUCUGAGCUCCCUUCCGCUGACCAAACUCGUACUUACUGACGAACUGGUAGAGAGACUGGCCAGUCUAGUUGUGGUCCGAGAAUACGAAGCUGACCAAGAUGUCAUUUGUGAGGGUUUAAAGUCGACUGGGAUAUUCAUUAUAGAUGAGGGUCGUGUAGAGGUCAUGACCUCGGCUGGGGAGGUCAUCGCAGACCUAUCCAAGGGAGACUAUUUUGGGGAAGCAUCUGUUAUGUAUAAAGUGCCCUGUACGGCCACAGUCCGAACAAACGGGAAAUGUCGACUUCUUCUACUGGAGGAAAAGGUCAACCGGAAACUGCUAGGCAAUGUCAAGAUCAAAAUGGAGAUGAUGGAUUGGUUUGUUGCAAAGCGAUAUAUUCCACUCAGCGCGAACAUUGACCAUGAAAGAACUAUUCGCAGAAUGGUGUUUACACAUCUCAGAAAGGUCCCAGUCUUUGCUGACUGGUCGGAUACGGCAUUGAGAAGCCUCGUGUUGGAGAUAAAACCGGCCCUCAUUGUCCUAUACCCACCAGGCUCUGUGGUGGCGAUGCACGGCGACCCACCAGUCACUAUCAACGUCAUCAUCAGGGGGAGAGCGGUUUUAUGUAACCGAGAUCGAGUGACCUUGGCGGAUGUUGACGCACACACUGAUCCUGUCGUCAUUGGAGAGGAAGGAAUUUUGAUGGAGGUAAAAAACGAAGUGACUGUUCCUCACCAAGACUUGCUGUGA